CUGUAUGGCACCGUAUUUCGAUUUUAUUUCCGAAACAUUGUUACAGUUUUUAUACCAUUUUUCUUGCUCGCCUAUCUAAAUAUUCGUAUUGUUUCGACGCUCCGUGGGCAGCAGCGAACAGCAUCGCUUUUCAAGUUUCGAUGCAGUGAACACAAAGCAAGCAAAUUCAUUAUGAGUCAGGAACCAAGGAUAGGUGAUCUGGGAAAGAAGCGUAAGAUUCGGUCAGCGACUCGACUAACAGUGCUCAUUGUAUGCUCAUAUCUCAUGGCCAAUGUUCUCAAUGUAAUGAUUACCGCUUGGGAAUACAUUGAUUUCGAAUCUGCUCAAACAGAAGAAGCAUUCUGGAUCUACGAGACUUGCGCAGACGUAGUAUCAGUGCUGUAUGUUUUCACAUGUGCUACACGCUUACUUGUUUAUAUGCUAUGCAAUAAAGAAAUACGCAGUAUUAUUAUCUCAACUCUGAGACCAGGUCGAAGGACGUCGCUGGCUUACGAUUAUCACUCUAUGUCGUCACCUUUCCAGUAUCUUUGAAA